UGUUAUUGAAAUGAACUGGCAUCCCUGUCUGGAAAUAACACACAAUGUUUUUAUUUUGAUAGAGGCUAAACGUUUUUGAAAACAUUUUGUUGAAUCGUGAAUUAAUUGCGCGAAAAUGGGUACGAAACGCAAAAAUAUGGAAGAUGAAAUGUCCAGGUUCGAGGCAGAAAUAUCAAAGACAUCAGGUCCUGCGGCAAGUUCUAUGUCAUCGAAUCCUUUCAUUCCGUCCCAAGUGCGCACUGUAAUUGGGUCGCAAACGUACAAUCAGGUGCAACAGAAGCUGGCUACAGUACCAUCGCGUAUUCUGCCACCACCUGUUCCUCCAUUUCUGCCCACUUACACGACCCCAACUCCUCAACACGUCCCGGAGAAGUCAUACUCAACGGAACCUACGCCAGCGGUUGUUAGUAGUGCGCCAAAGCUAUAUAAUGCUCGACCUACGGUUGGGACACUGUCUAAGGUAGAUGCCCCCUCAAGUAGUUCCAUAGGACCAUCUAUUUCAACUGCUCCAGUUCAGUCGUAUGAUAUUGCAAACAUCCAGUUUGAAGUGACCACUAAGAUUAAGAAGCAGAAAACCGAAAAAUCUGGCCCAAAUCCCAUAGCAGAAGAGGCUAUCAAAGCAGCGCGAGCAUCUUCCGCUCUGCAGUCGUUCGGCAAUUCCGAUCGGAGAGGAAAGAAGGAUCGAAAGACCGUUCGCGUUGCUGGUGGGCAAACCUGGGAGGAUCAAUCGCUUGCCGAUUGGUCAGACGACGAUUUCCGCAUCUUUUGCGGUGAUCUGGGUAACGAUGUGAAUGACGAAUUGUUGACGCGUACCUUCAAUAAGUUUCCCUCCUUUCAACGUGCGAAAGUUAUUCGCGAUAAACGAACCAGCAAAAGCAAAGGUUAUGGUUUCGUUAGCUUCAAGGAUCCCCAGGAUUUCAUUCGGGCAAUGAAAGAAAUGGACGGUCGCUAUGUUGGCAGCCGUCCCAUUAAGCUACGCAAAAGCACGUGGAAAAAUCGAAGCGUUGAGUCCGUACGGAAGAAGGAAAAAGAGAAGCAAGCACUGCUCAGCCUGUUCAAUCAGAAUUAAUCUCUGAAUCUUUCAACGUAAUGUUAGCCCCGAUGACAUGCCCUUACACAUUCUUUCCUGAUGGGCCAUUGUUUUGACAUGAUUGGAUUUACGGAGCAUCAACCGAAAGCUUGAAUGAUUAAAACAGAACUAUGUCAUCAAAAGUCAGAACAUGCUUAGUGUGAAUAUUGAAAAUUAUAAAAACUCACCAUUUCACACCUUAUACAUAUAAUUAUUUUUUUUAGCUUUUGUUAUCAAAUAUCACAACAUUCAGCGGGUAGACAGAAAUAACGAGCCUGGUGAAAUUUUGUCAAUGUUCAGUGGUCAUAAUUCAUCGGAAAAUAAACUUAAAACUGGUCGAAUUUGACGGGAAA